GUAGAGUUCUGUCUCUGUUUUUCACAGCUGUAUGCAUCAGCCAAGAUGCCGCAGAGAAAGAGGAGUUUCACUUUUGGAGCUUACGGCGGAGUUGACAAGACAUUUUCCAGAGCCAGGAGUUUGUGGAAACAGGAUGGAGGAGAGUCCUGCAUUUCUAACACACUAGAUCCUUCACUGUUCCAGCCCUCACUGCCUCACUCAACGUUCCUCAAGACAACUGAUUUAUUUGAAAUGAUUGAGAAAAUGCAGAGCAACAGAAUGGACGAGCAACGAUGCACUUUUCCUCCUCCUCUCAAAACCGAGGAAGACUACAUCCCUUACCCCAGCCUCCAUGAGGUUCUUGGCAGAAAGAGUCCAUUUCCCUUAAUUCUGCUGCCCCAGUUUGGGGGUUAUUGGAUUGAAGGGACCAAUCAUGAGCUGAGCAAUGGAACUGAUCUGGACCAGCUUCUGUCUCCCAAUUCACGCUUCAAACUGGAGUGCAACACCACCGCUAAGAUCUACAGGAAGCAUUUUCUGGGCAAAGAACACUUUAAUUACUAUACAGUGGACAGUGCCCUGGGCCACCUGGUGUUCUCCAUGAAAUAUGAUGUUAUCGGGGACCAAGAGCAUCUCCGCCUCAUGCUCAGAACUAAAAUGAAAACAUAUCACGACGUGAUUCCAAUAUCUUGUCUGACCGAAUUCCCCAACAUUGUCCAGAUGGCCAAGCUCGUCUGUGAAGAGGUGAACGUGGACCGAUUUUUCCCUGUGCUUUACCCAAAGGCCUCCAGGCUCAUCGUCACUUUUGACGAACACGUCAUAAGCAACAACUUCAAGUUUGGAGUAAUUUAUCAGAAAUUUGGACAGACCUCAGAGGAGGAGUUGUUUGGGAAUAACGAGGAGAGUCCUGCUUUGGUGGAGUUUUUAGAGUUUCUGGGACAGAAAAUCGAGCUCCAUGACUUCAAGGGGUUUCGUGGAGGAUUGGACGUGACACAUGGACAGACAGGCUCUGAAUCUGUGUACCACAAUUUCCACAACAAGGAGAUCAUGUUCCACGUGUCAACUAAGCUGCCUUACACAGAGGGCGAUACACAGCAGCUACAAAGGAAGAGGCAUAUAGGAAAUGACAUCGUGGCCAUCCUGUUUCAAGAGGAGAACACUCCAUUUGUGCCAGACAUGAUUGCCUCCAACUUCCUGCAUGCCUAUGUAGUGGUGCAAGUUGAAAAUGCCUGUUCUGACAACGUCCUGUACAAGGUUUCAGUAACAGCGAGAGACGACGUCCCCUUCUUCGGACCACCCCUCCCUAACCCAGCCAUUUUUAAGAAAGGCCCAGAGUUUCAUGAAUUCUUGCUUACCAAGCUGAUCAAUGCUGAAUACGCUUGUUACAAAGCUGAAAAAUUUGCCAAAUUAGAGGAGCGUACCCGGUCUGCCCUGCUGGAGACGCUGUACGAGGAGCUGCACAUCAACAGUCAGGCUAUGAUGGGGCUGGGAGGAGAGGAGGACAAACUGGAGAAUGGAGGAGGAGGGGGAGGGAGCUUCUUUGAGUCUUUCAAGCGGGUGAUCCGCAGCAGGAGCCAGUCUCUGGACACCAUGGGCCUCAAUAUCAGGAAGUACACAGUCUCCAAUAGUCACAGCGGCAGUUUCACCCACAACAACAACAACCACCACUCACCAGAGUCCCCCAAACCCCCUGGGAUAUCAUUGCUUGUCCCAGGCAAAAGCCCAAGUAAAUAUGGACGUCGUGGCAGUGCCAUAGGAAUAGGAACCAUAGAAGAGUCUUUGAUCAUUCCUGGAAAAAGCCCAACUAGGAAAAAGUCAGGACCCUUUAGCUCUCGACGUAGCAGUGCUAUCGGCAUUGAGAACAUCCAGGAGGUCCAGGAGAAGAGAAUUGCUGCUCUGUUGUCAGAGGACAGGACAGUGCUCUGUCUUUCUCUACCCAGCGUCACUCUCAAGAAUGGGAGGCUCGUCGUGGAUCCUUCCAACAGUAGAGAGUGCUCUCCCAGCACACAGAAGACUCCUGACAGUGGCCACGCCUCCCAGGACCCCAAGUCUGAAAACUCCUCCAAUCAGAGCUCUCCUGAGGUCCUCAUCACUAAGAACAGCUCAAACAUGUACUGCCGGGCUCCCUCCAUUCCUGAGGCUCAUGAUCUGUCCCGCUCCUCAUCUAACGCCAGCAGCUUUGCUAGUGUGGUAGAGGAAAAUGAAACAGAGGCCACAGAGGACUACGACACUGGCAUGGAGAGUCUGUCGUCAGCAGAUACUCCUCAUAAACGAGACUCGUUCACGUACAGCACAUGGCUGGAGGACAACAUGAGCACUACCGGUACAACCAGCAGGGCGAGCUCUCCUGCUCCUGGCAAAACGGAUGGUGGAAAGAAACAGGAGCAGAACUGUACAGACAUCCGCUUUAAACUUGAGCGACCAAAUGACCACAAGUCCACAUCGAACUGCUAGCCCCUCCUGCUUGACUGCCUCAUGGACAUCCAUCAGCAGUAUUUCCACUAGAAACACCUUAGAGAGAAAAGGAGAUCUUGAUGAAGAAGAGGACGACGACAACGGUUGGCUGACAACAUGUACAUGGCCCAGAACCACAAUCGUGACCAUAUCUCCAUCAGGACACUGUCUACCCUCGCAGACUUGACCAGAAACAGGAAGGAGUUGGUUACAGGCAGCCAGAGACUGUGCAUUGGCCCUCCUUCCAACUUGUCCUUCACCCUCCUUGUGAGUACAUCAUUAAAUGAAUGAGAACCUCCUCUGUAGCAGCAUCUACUGACAGGCCACUGUGCUGGUGAGUGGCUAAACUAGCAGGUUAUUUGAGGUCCUAACACUGUGCUGAAAUUCAAUUCUGUGAAGUUUGUCUCCUAAAGAACAUUUAAUCUGCUUGCACGACAAAAGCUUUUUCAGCUGUCCCAACUGGAUACGGUUUUGAUGACUUCACUGUAAGUACAGUACACAAAUGUGCUAUUUGGCACAGGGCUGUUGAGACCAAACCAUUUAUCAUAUUCUGAUAUUGAUGUUCUGUCGUUCAGAUUUCAGUUGUGAAAACCUUUAAUCUGAUAUUCAUUGCAGCACUGCAAUACAUCCUUUGGCAUUAUUUAAGAGUAACAGCACUCAAAAAGUUUUCCUGCAAAGAAAAAACAA